AUGCCGUGGCCCCCUCUCCAAGAACGUCUGCUGAAUCUGCUUGAUCCGGGCUACCUGCUCUGGUCCAGCGCUUGUGCAUUCGUCACUACGGCGUUUCAGUUCUAUGUCCUCCAGCUUCAUCUCCCCUCGGCGUCCAACUUCAAGAAUGUUCGGGACGAUGCUUUCUCCAAAUUCUGGACCAAAGUCACGGAACCGGUCGACCCGCCUCCCCCUCCAAAGGGCUCAGCGACUCUAGUCCCACCGCUGCUGUCCCGCGCUCACGGGGUGGUUCUGGACAUCGGGCCCGGAUCCGGGUCCUACGUAUCGUUGUUCUCCGACAACCCCAAUAUUAGCGCCGUGUAUGGCGCGGAGCCGACGCCAGGCCUCCACGUCCCGCUGCAGCAGCGGAUCAACGAAGCCAAGCUGACCGACAAAUAUCACAUCCUCAGCUGCACGGCCGACAAGGCCGAGGUGCUCGCCGCGCUGGCAAAGGAAGGAGUCAAGCCGUCCGCUAAGGGCAUCUUCGACACCAUCGUCUGCGUCCGCGUGCUCUGCUCGGUCCCCAACCUUGCACAAACCGCCAGCGAACUGUACUCGCUGCUGCGGCCCGGCGGCGAGCUGAUGAUCGUCGAGCACAUCCGGAAUCCAUGGACUAAGAAUGGCAGCAUCCUGGGCCGCGCGAUGCAGCUCCUCUACCACCUGCUCGGCUGGCCGUUCUUCCUCGCCGGCUGCAACAUGGAUCGCGACACGCCCGCCGUGUUGAAGAGCGCCGCCCCCUGGGAAGCCGUCGACCUGAAGACCCAUUUCGAGUGGACUGCCCUGCCGUAUGUCGCUGGCACAUUGACAAAAAAGCGGUAG